AUGACAAGACAAAGAAAGAUUUUGAAUUAUUACCUUAUACUUCAAGAAAAUGCUAAAGAGUUUCCUCCACGUUUGGCAAUUGCUGUAGGACAUGAGGCAGAUAAAUAUGGAGGGGGGAAGUCUUUGGAUGUUGGGGAUUGGAUUAGUUUUUUGCCUAUAAUGCUUGAUUGUUAUACCUAUCCAGUUCUGUUUGCCUUACAUUGCCCAUCUUCCAAUACAAUUUCUAACAAAAAAUUGAAAUUGUUCAAGGAACCGGAGGGAGACGUGAGUAUUCUCAUAUCGGAGGAGUUCAACUGGGUUCCUCAACUGAGUUCCGGCCCUAUAACUCAAGUACGGGUUGAUAAUUUUCAAUGUUUUUGGUACCAUUAG